CAUUCUCUUCUCUCCUCGUCGUUCAGCAGCGCGACCAUGGCGGCGCGUGCGACCAUGGCGGCGCGUACGGCCCGUCGUCGGUAGCUCCUGCGGCCAGCCGUGCUUGCUCCCUCCCCCUGGCAUCCCUAGCUCCCCUGAUUGGAUCAAGCCGUUCCUUCCCUGAGCACUGACUGCUGCUGCUACCCCCGGCCGCGCAUCCAGUCCUCUUCGAUCUGCUGCUAGCCUGCUACCACGGACGCUUCUCCAGCCUCUACUCUUCCGUCUGCUGCUACUCCCUACCACAGGCAACGAUGUCAAUAUCAGCUUGUGAGAGGAAUUUUUCAGCAUUUGAACAAGUCCAUGCAAAGAAGCGCAGUAGGCUACGUAGUGAUAGGCUCAACGACCUUGUCUUUGUCAGAGUUAAUUCAAGGUUGAUUGAUAAGAAAGAGAACAAAAGAAGAGACCCCAUAGAGAAGAUAAUUGAGGAUGUUCUUGAAGAUGAGGAGAAUGAAUUCAUUACUGGAAUUGUUCCCGAAGACAAUGUUCCAGUUGAACAAGAACAACCUGAUAUUGAACCAGAAGCAUCAACAUCACAAGCCCAAAGUGUGAGACAUGCACAUGUUAGGAAGAAGAGGAAGAAGAGCAUCCAUGCCUUGCUUAAUGCUGUCCCAGAAGAUGCUGUGCUUUCCGAAUCUUCCGAUUCUUCAUCUUUGGAAAGGGAAGGUAACCAAUCUCAACCUGAUGUACUGAUCAGUGAUGCUUCAUCUGACUCAGACUGAUGGCAAGGUUGUCUUGAUGGUUAUGUAAGCUUGCUGUGAACCGAAAGCUCCGAACUUGUUCUAUUACUCGUGCUGGUUUGUAAUUUCUGGACAGAACUAUGUCCUGAACUUAUUGUUGCUACAUGCAACUUCAUUUUGUUGGUUAUGUAAGAUUUGGACAUAACUAUGUCUUAAGUUGUUGCUACUUUGCUUAUAAUGAUGUAAUAUGUGGACUGAAUUGUGCCUUAUUUUUAUCUUCUAUGUGAACUGUGUUAAUA